AUGACCCUGCCCGGGGGCCCGACGAGCAUGGCGCGGCCGGGGGGCGCGGGGCCCUGCAGCCCGGGGUUGGAGCGGGCCCCGCGCCGGAGUGUCGGGGAGCUGUGCCUGCUCUUCGAGGCGCGCUGCGCGGCGGUCGCUGCCGCCGCCGCCGCAGGGGAGCCCCGGGCCCGCGGGGCCAAAAGGCGUGGGGUCCCGGGGGGGACAGGCUGUCCGAACGGCUCCCCUGCGGCCCCCCCGGUGAUCCCGCAGCUGACUGUGACAGCUGAGGAGCCGGACGGACCCCCGACCAGCCCGGGGCCACCGGAGCCGGAGGGUGGCUGGCUCCCGGCCGUGGGCUCCUCACACCUGCAGCAGCCGCGCCGCCUCUCCACCUCGUCGCUCUCCUCUACUGGCUCCUCGUCGCUGCCCGAGGACUCAGAGGACGAUCUGCUGAGCGACAGCCAAAGCCGGAGCCGCGGCAACGUGCAGCUGGAAGCCAGCGAGGACGUGGGUCAGAAAAGCCACUGGCAGAAGAUUCGGACCAUGGUGAAUCUGCCCGUCAUGAGCCCUUUCAAGAGGCGCUAUGCCUGGGUGCAGCUGGCUGGGCACACGGGGAGUUUCAAGGCGGCUGGCACCAGCGGGCUGAUCCUGAAGCGCAGCUCAGAGCCGGAGCGCUACUGCCUGGCGCGGCUCAUGGCGGACGCGCUGCGCGGCUGCGUGCCCGCCUUCCACGGCGUGGUGGAGCGCGACGGCGAGAGCUACUUGCAGUUACAGGACCUGCUCGACGGCUUCGAUGGGCCCUGCGUACUUGACUGCAAGAUGGGCGUCAGGACUUACCUGGAAGAGGAGCUGACCAAAGCCCGCGAGCGGCCUAAGCUGCGGAAGGACAUGUACAAGAAGAUGCUGGCGGUAGACCCGGCGGCUCCUACCGAGGAGGAGCACGCGCAGCGCGCGGUCACCAAGCCACGCUACAUGCAGUGGCGAGAAGGCAUCAGUUCCAGCACCACACUGGGCUUCCGCAUCGAAGGCAUCAAGAAAGCUGAUGGCUCCUGCAGCACCGACUUCAAGACGACGCGAAGCCGGGAGCAGGUGAUUCGUGUCUUCGAGGAGUUUGUGCAAGGGGAUGCGGAAGUGCUGAGGAGGUAUCUGAACCGCCUGCAGCAGAUCCGGGACACCCUGGAGGUCUCUGAGUUCUUUAGGAGGCACGAGGUGAUCGGCAGUUCGCUGCUCUUCGUGCACGAUCACUGCCAUCGCGCCGGUGUGUGGCUCAUUGACUUCGGCAAGACCACGCCCCUCCCCGACGGCCAGACCCUGGACCACCGGCGGCCCUGGGAGGAGGGCAACCGCGAGGACGGCUAUUUGCUGGGGCUGGACAAUCUCAUUAGCAUCCUGGCCAGCCUGGCUGAGAGAUGA